GGCCAAGCCACCAAUCCACACCUCUUCUUGAAAAAACGGUAAAAAGCUUGUGUUUUUCCCUUGUUUUCUUGUUCAAAAACAAGAUUUGGAGCUUUGAAAUCUUUCCCCUCUGUAGAAAUUCUAGAUCUGCUAUGCUCUGUUCCCCUCCAUCCCCUGCUCUGCUGUGUGUGGGUGUGAUUUUACCAGUUUCUAAUCCCAAAAAUUUCCCCUGCACUUCCCGUCGGCCUUCCCCAAUCUACAGCUUUGAUUUUGCUUACUAAAUUCUGUUUUUUCCUUGUCCACCAUUUCAAGAAGUGAGACUCGAGGCACGGUUAACCAGGUGGAGUGACGAGCUAGAUGGCUAGUCAGUAUUUUGGACUUAGAUCCUUUUUGACUUAGGCCGUUAGCCACACAUGUUUGACAUAAAUGCGAACUGAUAAAUCAUUUUUUUGUAUACUGAGUUUCCUUAGUUAUAGCCAUGACUGUUUUAUAAACUUUUGUACAUCUA